AUGUUUGAGCUGCCCGAGGCAAAGAGGGUGCGCCGGGAGGAUUUGAACAAUGAUCGUGAUUCAUCAUGGAGUGGCAGUGGAGACGAGGGCAUCGAUCUAGACUUGCAGGCGAGGCUGAAUGCGCAGAUCGCCAAGUCACUGGGCAUGGAUGUUCAUGAGCCGGCGCCUACAGCUUCAACUCCUCACGCAAGGCCACAUCUAGCACUCCAAAAUCCCACCGAGGCCACCAAAGAAGGUGACGGAAAGCAAAAGGUGCAAGAAAAUUCCGACGAGGACCUGGGCGAGUUCGACUUCCGGCUCUUCGGCACUGCUGGCGCGCCGGCCAAAGUCGUCCUGGAAGAUGACACCGGGCCUCUUGGAGAAGGCGCAUUGGUACAUCGACGACCUCCAUCAUAUUACUUGGUGCGAAAUGUAUCCGACAGCAAAAGGCGAGAGUACUUGGCUGCAGCAGUGACUGGAGAAGAGGUCGUCGAGCGAUCACACUGGCCGGCAUGGGGAAUGGAGUUGCCAUGGAAAGUGACAAGGGUGACUAUCGUGAGAAGGGCAAAAGCCGAGGAUAACGAAAAGAUGGAGGGAGUGGUGACGGGACAGGAGAACGCAAAGACGAGAAAAAGGCCGGGGAAGAAGAGGCGGAUUGCGACGCGGAUGAAGAUCAAGGCUAAGAGGGAGAAGGCUGAUACUGCGGCGAAGAAAGCGCUGGAUAAGGAGGAAUAUUUAAAGGAGAAGAAGAAGAGGCUGAACCGGUUGAAAAAGAUAAGGAAGAGGGCGAAGAAGAAGGCGGGCAAGCCCGAUGGGGAAGAAGAUGGUCAGGACGACGCCUCGAGUGGAAGCGGUGGCGAAUAG